GAAGUUAAUCACAAAUCUCGUUUAAAUCUUGUGGAAAAUUUCAAGAGAACAUUCCAAAUUCUUUCAUACACUUGGUCAUUCAUGGCAUUAUGGCAGAGUCCAAACCAAGAAUACCAGGCACAGCCCAGCACUUUUUAGAGUGUGGAAUUCAAGACUGUGAGAGAAACUGUGAAUUUUACUGCAAUCCUUGCCACCAACCGAUGUGUAAACAAUGUAGAGAUGAACAUCUGAAAAAUCCAAAAACAAAAAACCAUGAAGUGGUCCUAUACCAAUUACGAAAACGUCAACUUCCUGUGAAGAAAUGUGAGAUCCACCCCACCAAGGAUGUAGAUCUUCUCUGUGAAGAAUGUAAAAUCCCUUUAUGUUCCAAGUGUGCUGCCACUCCAGAACACAGAGGCCAUGCCUUUACCGAUUUAGAGACUAUCUAUGCUGAGAAGUUCUCAUUCUGUCUAGAGGAAAUUACCAAACUGCGGGAGUAUUUUCUGCCAACAUCACAAGACAUACAAAAAGAAAUUAAUGGAGAUGCCAUAGAAAUCAAGAAGGCAAUGGACAACAUAAGAACAUCCAUGAAGGCUGAAGCCGAGUCUCUAAAACGUCUGGUGGAUAAAGUGCAAUCAGAGAACAUGACACAACUAGACCAAAUAGAGCACUCACUGCUAAAAGAUUUAAAAAUCCAAGAAAAAACAUUUGAUGAAUACACCAAACAUCUCAACAACCUAAUUAAGGAGUUCCAGGAUUUCCUCUCCUCACCAGAUCCCACAAAAUUAACUCUGACACUCUCUUUGGUGGAUAUGAAAAUCCAACCACUACCAGAGACAACAAAACCAGUAACACCAGUAUUUACUGCCGGUCAACACAGCAAAGAAGAUGUUACCAAAUUACUGGGUAAAAUAAGUAUUCCAGAGAUAAAACCAGAAACAAGGAAAAUAAAGCCAAUGGAAGUUCCAUCUCUCCCAACACCAACGAAACCUACAAGCAUAGAGUUGAAAUCUGACAAAGGAAAAUCUAAUGUGAAACAGACAUUGUCUCUGUCUUCCUCUAUCACGAAUUUCAGGGAGUUCAAAGUACAAGGUGUUAACAAAGUGUGGCACAUAUCACUAGAUCAGUCAGGCAGACUCUGGGUCAGUGAUAGUUAUGGUAACCUUGUCCAAACAGAUCUACAGGGGAAUCUAUUACAGAAGAUACAAACCAGUGGUGGACGUGGUUACCACACAAUGACACAGGAGGGGGAUCUGAUCUUUACAGACAUGGACAAGGGUGUCAUCAAUAGGAUUACACUGGAUAACAAUAUUACUGAAUUCAUUACAACAGGAGACUGUAUACCAAUCAGCAUACACUCCUCCAACAUAAAUGGGGACUUACUGGUGGGGUUGGUGAAGAGAGGAGAGGUUAAAGUCACCAGGUACGACAAGACAGGGAAAGAACUACAGAACAUACAGAAGGAUAACAAAGGACAGGAACUGUAUGGUAUGCCACGCUACAUAACAGAAAACAUCAAUGGAGAUAUCUGUACAUCAGACUUUAAUAAUAAGGCAGUAGUGGUGGUGAAUAUUUCUGGACAACACAGAUUCUCCUACACAGGUCAGAGGCCAGGGUUCACUCCCUAUGGAAUCUGUACUGAUGUCCUCGGUCACAUACUGGUAUGUGAUUAUAACAGGGUUCACAUUCUUGAUCAAGAUGGUCAGUUCUUAUCUCUACUAAUCACACCAGAAACAGGGAUUAGUCCAACUUGUGUAUGUGUGGAUGAUGAGAACAAUCUUUAUGUGGGAGCUAUCGAUGCAAAAGUUAAAGUAUACAAGUAUAUUCAGUGAUUCUUAUUCUUUAAUCUAACAAUGUGCAUAUCAUCAUUUACACUAGCAAUUAACAGAAUUAUUUGUACAUUUAUUACAGAUAUAUAAUUUUGCUCAUCUUGUGAUGCAACAAAAUAAUCAAAUUUAUGUAAGUUUAAGUCUAAUAGAUAACUAUCGUGUAUUGUAAGAUUGGAUCACCAGAGGUACAUGUCAAAUUUCCUGUUACUUAUAAUUUUUCGAAUACAAACCUUUGCUUUGUAGAUAGAUUGUUUAUUUUAAUUAGUAUAUAUAUAUGUAAAU